AUGGUUCAUGGAGGUUCUGUGAAGGGGAAGUGCAAACACCAUCAUAACAUUGGCCUAGUUAUUGGAAUGCAUGAACCAGAGCAGAGGCCGAUUGGGGACAGCCCGGAUCUUGGACCCAGAGGUGAGGUGGUGGGGAAGGGGGGAGGCUGUUGGGUUUUGGUGUUGGGGGAGGUGGGAAGAGGAGAUGCAGUUGAUGAGGACGGAGAUCUUGCCCUUGGUACUACACAACGACAACGAGGUCGAUGGCGAUGGCUUUGA